AUGUCCCGCACCCACGGCCCAGUGCCCCUGCCAAAUGAUCCCCCCAAUUCUCGGGACGGCGAGGGAACUAUAACCCAGAGCCGCUACAGCCACUCCCACGCCAUGAUGCAAGCAACCCACUCCAAUAUCCAGCACAAAGUCGCAAAGCUGCAGGCCAACUCGCUUCGGUUGAAGCGCGAGCUCUUUCUUCUCCAUCGACACAUCAAAUCGUUUCACCACCCGCUCCUUGAGACAUGGGAAGCGGACAUGCUCACUCGUCUCAUUGAGAUGGUGUAUACCCGCCAAUGCCUCCGGCUGCCCGGUGGGAUUUCUGUCGGUGAUGCCUUGUUCAUGGAACGGGAACUGCUCUCGCGGGCGUACAGCAUUGCGGCGAGGCGUAUUCGUAUUGAUACCCUCUGGAGCCUGGGUCUUUCGGACAAAUACCAUGAGGCGCUGAAGCGUUACGAGGAGGUGACUGUCUACCGAAGCCCCAACCCAUUCGAGACCGAAGUGCCGUUUGCUCGCUGGUUGGUAACCGAAAAGGAGGCACGACCCCAGGUGUAUGAGUUCUGGUCGAAACUCUUCCCCGUAUGCUGUGGCCGGACCGUCGAGGAGAGCAGUACCCUCUAA